AUGGGGCCUGGAGGAGGGGGUGACAGGGUCACAGGGUCUGUCCCCAUCCCUCUCCCAGGUGAGGCCUUAAGGUGCUUCACCUGUGAGCAGCCCACGGCCCUUCCUCUGGGCGAGACCAUUACUAACUGCAAGCCGGAGGACACAGCGUGCGAGACCUCGCAGCUGAUGCUGGAGUCAGGUGAGGCUGGGGGCCCGCAGGCUGGCUCUGUGGGGCUGCACCAGCCUUGGGGCCACACUGCAGACCCCAACAGGUUCCGCUUCAACCACAGCCCCGGGGUGACCAGUUCCUGCUCCAGCUCCUGCGAGGCCGCUGACCCAGACAGCAUUGGGGCUGCCCACCCCAGCUACUGCUGCUCCCAUGACCUCUGUAAUUCUAUGGGCGUUGCCAGGCUCAGUGCUGGGGCCCUGGCCCCUCGGGGGCCAUAA